AGUUGUAAGGAGGCGGAGGAGGCUGGUUUUACAACAGCAAGCACAGGGAGAAGGUGAAAUGAGCCCUCGGAAGCUUCGGUGGGAGAGGAAACCUUACCAAAGGACCAAACGAGUUGCCUGAUUGUUGGACACCCCUUCCCGCCCUCCUCCAGGACAAGGGAUGGGCCAAACAUCAGUCUCUACUCUCUCUGAGCAUGCUAAUGUUGAUGGAAUAGAUAAAGCAUCGAUUGCAAAUUCAGAUGGGCCAACCUCAGGAUCUCGAACUCCCCCUUUCAAGAGGAAGGGCAAACUUUCCACCAUUGGCAAAAUAUUCAAACCUUGGAAAUGGCGGAAGAAAAAGACAAGUGAAACGUUUAGAGAAACAUCAGCAGUGCUGGAAAGAAAGAUAUCAACAAGGCAAAGCAGAGAGGAGCUGAUAAGAAGGGGUGUCCUGAAGGAAAUAACUGAGCAAGGCGGAGAUGUAACUGUAAACUAUGAAAUCUCAAAUGGACACACGAUAGUUAUUAGUGAAGAGGCCAUACAGGAAGAAAACAUAAAGACUGAAGAAGACAAUAGUUCCAAAUCAACAAAGCCACACACUCUGGAAGAGAAAAAAGAGAACAAAAACGAGAAACCACUUCCUAAAGAUCCUGAAACAUCAACAUCCCGUGCUCUACCACCACCUAAAUCUAAGCCUAAAGCUAAAAAAGCAACCAUAUCUCCAAAAAAUGCUGCUGCUACCACUAGCCAUAAGACUAAUGAAGCACCACAUGCUAAAAAAAAAGGCAAGGCUCCUGCUAAGCAGGCCUCUGCCCCACCUCCCAAGCCAACAAGCCGCAAUGUGAAUCGGGAAGCUGCUAGUUCCUCCCAUGUAAAAAAAGUGCAAGCUUCCAAGUCUUCUUCGUCUUCUUCAUCAACAUCAUCUCGCCCCAAAACCUCUAAGGAGCUAUCAUCGACCAAAACAGGCAAAGGAACUCCCAGGGAUAAGAAAAAGGUGGGGAAACAGGUAACUACACGAAAACCUGCAGAUGGGGACAUUUCUUCUGGCUCAAAAUCAGCAACAGACAACUUAGAAACCAAGGUAGAAGCCUCUAAUCCAGAAGAGACUUUCUGCAUUGCUCUUGAAGCUGAAGAGACAAACCAGCCUAGUGCAGUUACUGUUCCUCCCCCUCCCCCUACUAUUCCACCUCCUCUUCCUCCAUCCAUACCAUCUCCAGGCUCUCAGCCCACUGGUUUCUCAGACACACAAGAUGUGCCCAUUAGUAACGAACUAGGCCUGUCUGUUCCUGGCACAGAUUCUAAUGAUGUUCUUCAUAUGAAAACUGAAAUAGACUGCGAAAGCUACUUGAGUCGUGCUGCUACAGACAAUAGCCUGGAAAUUGGGGGAGAAGACACAGAAUGUUCUGCUAACAAUGAAGAACAGGAAAAAGAGAGCCCUGGCCCAGAAAGUCCUGAACUGACAGAUGAAUCUUCUGAAGCCUUGAACACUCAAGAAACUGAAAGCAGCAAAGAGAAUCAUACCAGUGACUCAGAUUCAGAUGGGCCAAUACUCUACACGGAUGAUGAUGAUGAUGAUGAAGAUGAUGGUGCAAGUACUGAAAGCUCUUUAGCAAGUAAAAUCCGUCGUAGGGAUACUCUUGCGAUCAAACUUGGCAACAGACCAUCAAAAAAAGAACUAGAAGACAAAAACAUCUUGCAGAGAACGUCGGAAGAGGAGAGGCAGGAAAUCAGACAUCAGAUCGGCACAAAGCUAGUGAGGAGGCUUAGCCAGAGGCCUACAUCUGAAGAAUUAGAGCAAAGAAACAUUCUGAAGCAGAAGAAUGAAGAAGAGGAGCAAGAAGCUAAAAGAGAACUAAAACGCAGUCUCAGCAGACAGCUAAGCUUGAGACCCACAGUGGCUGAACUACAAGCAAGGAGAAUCUUACGUUUUCAUGAGUAUGUGGAAGUGACAGAUUCUCCAGAUUAUGACCGUCGUGCCGACAAGCCCUGGGCAAGGUUAACACCUGCAGACAAGGCAACAAUACGGAAAGAAUUAAACGAAUUUAAAAGCACAGAGAUGGAAGUACAUGAAGACAGCCGGCAAUUUACAAGGUUUCACCGUCCAUAAUUGUUUGAAAAUAUUCUGUAGUCUAGACAUGAAAAUUUUUUCUGAGGAAAGCAGAGCAUCCCAAAGAACUAAGAGUGAAUAAUUCCUGGAAUGUCUGCCUGAAAUCACUGAAGAAUGUGACCCUCACAUUUAACAAGAGAUGACUUGGAAGAAAUAAUGGACAGAAAUGUUGGUGUGGCAACAUAAUAAGAGAAGAAGCAACAUAGCAACCCCAUUAUUCAGAACUGCUUGAUACUAAUAUUUUCUCAGUUGCUGUUUGCCAGAAAAGAAAAGCAGAAGAUUAUUGUUAUCAGGAAGUAAUAAAAAUCCACCUUCAAAUGGGGGAGGGGAGUCUAUUUGUCAGCAAAAACAGAAUGAACAAAAUUAUUAGCAUUCUUUAUGGAAGCAAUUUCAUGCUACAUUUAGAUUUUGGAUAACUUCUUGAAAAAUACAUCUGUUCCAGAGUCCUUAGUUUAUCAUAUCCAGGUGAAAAGCCACCAAAGACCUUUUUCAUCAACAGACUUAAGACCCCAGGAAUUUUGCAUAGAAUUCUUGAAUUUGCCAGUAAUUAGUCCAGGAACAAUUAAUAGGUAAAAUUAUCCUGCUUUUCAAAAGUACGUUGAGCUUACAAUCUCAAUCACAGCUAGGCUUGUGUGAGUGUCAGAGGUGUGUCAGUAGAACUUUCAAACAAAUAACUGUUUGAUUGCAACACAGCUAUGUGUUUUAUAUAUAAACUUAUUUUAAAGGAAAACCUUGGGUCCCCCUCCAAUAAUCAUGUAUCAAUUUGGGUAAUGUGUUUAGGAAAGACAAUAAAAAAGCAAUAGAAAUAGUCUGAAUUUUAAAAAAUCCUCUGCUUUUCAAGACACAGCCAGUAUGAUGAGUUCUAAUCUUACUUAGGCAGACAAUCAAAUUUUGAAACCCAAAUCAGAAAUGAAAGUGAAUGAAACAGAUUAUCAAAUAAUUCUGGACAGCAGCUUGUAGUGGCUUAGUUCAGACAGAAGGCCAAAGCAUAUUUUAACUAAGGUUAAUCUGUGAAACCAGAAAACUCGCUCAGAUGCUGGUCUGCCUUAACAAAUGCUGGUUUUAUUUUCUUCUCUAUAGCCUUGAAAGGCAUCCCUGAAGAACAAGCCAAAAUAUUAAACUAGGAAUAAGCCAGAAUGUCUGUAUUCAUACAUCAUUCAUAACCACAGUUAAGAACUGUGGCUACUAAACCAGCUUUAGAUCCUUAUUAAGACCCUAACAGACCAUUGUUACUGGAGUGAUCUGCAUUCGGACAAUCACACAAACCAUAAUUACUUAAACCAGGAUUCUCUACGUGAUGUCUGAACUGAGCCUAUAUAUGCCCAGGGGUGGGGUGGGGAUAGCUUGAGCUUCUUUGGACUGAAGUAAAUUACAACAGGUCUGAAGACUGAAUCUGGCCUGCCGAGACUGUGCAGUCCCAUGCUGCUGCCAUGUGCCUACACACUAGUAUUUGGCUGUUCCAGAGCAGAAAAGGGGAAGGAUAUGGUUUCUAGGGUAAAAGCGCUGGCAGUCUACCUAGCUUCCCUGGGCAUCAUAUUGCCUACCCUUUUGGGACUGAAGAGAAAAAAUGUCAUGAUCAAAAAUUGUUCCCUCUGUGAACAUUGUGUCUGUGCAUGGAAGAUUCACAUAGGGCAUAACAGAACCUAUGUUCCCUCAUGCCCCCGUCUUGGUGUAUACUCACAGGCAUUACACCAGAGCAGCCUAUGGCGUAAGAACUGGGUGAGCCUGCUAUCCAUCCUUCUCUCCUCUGCUCAGUCAACUUGAGGGGAGAUCUGGACAGAAAUAUGGGAGGAUGACAAAGAUCCAAUAAGGCCAAGCACUCUAGGUGUCUUGUGAGCAUAUAUGCUGAGAAGGUGGAGGCAGCAGUAGAGGAGGGCCUCGGCCUCUAUGCCCUGUUUGACCCUCCAGCAGCAACUGGUUUGCUGCUUUAGGAAACAGGAUGCUGGACUAGAUGGAUCUCUGGUCUGAUCCGGCAGGGCUUUUCUUACGUUUUUAGCAGGGCUCUGUUGGGCCCUAUUAUAAUCUCUUAGCAGGCACUGUGACUACAUGGGAAACAAUUGUGUUCUGUGUACAAAUAAAAUUAUCAAAGGCAUUGUGAAGACUGCAAAAAGUCCUUGGAAUCUACAGCCUGUAUCUGUUGUGUGUGAAUAAUAUGGAGCAAAUGGUCUACUUUUAUACUAUCUUGUAAUUGUAUUUGUGAAUACAUUAUUAGUUAAAGUUUAAAUAGUAUGAUGUGAUGUGAAUGACAAUAUGUACUUUUAUUACAUUGGCCCUAAUUAUGGUGGCUUGUUAUAAGCCUGUGACAUUGUUUACACUAAAAAUUGUCUUAUAUUAGCACUUAUUUAUCCUUUUAAUGUACACAGUGAAAUUUCUGGGACUGAAAUACACAAGGGCAUGUAUUGCAGUAUUACAAUAUGUAUGUGCUAUUUAUCCUGUAUAUACUACAAUGUUUUUCCCCCCUCGGUGUGCCCUUUUUAGUUCUUAAUUAUAAAGUACAUGCAUUUUUUUAAGGCAAUAAAUGGUCUCU